AUCUAGAGUAGCUGGAGAAAGUCCACCAAGCGUGAAGAGAACAUAGAAAACGUCAGACAGGAGGGCUGGAGUCCUGAAUCAAAGGCCCAGCCUAUGUAGGAAUUGUGAGAUUGAUGUGCUCAGUGCUGGCUGCCACCAUACCACCCUUCUGAGAAACCUGAAAAAUCCCCUCUCUUGUUCCAAUCUCCAGUUGACGAGGGAGGCAUAGUCCAUUCAGGAAGCAGGAUUAUCUCAACAGAGUCAAAGAAACUGAACACAAUCGACAAACACCACAUACUCUCGAGACGAUGAAGACCUUCAGUUUGUCUGUUGCAGUGAUCAUCAUGCUUGCUUUCCUUCUGAUUCAGGAGGGUUGCACCAUCUCUACUGAUAAUGGGGAUCAUGACCAGCAUACCGAUGACGCAACCGCGGGAACUGCUGAUGAGAUACUGGCAGACCAAUGGAACGUGCCAGACAGCAACAGGCAGAAACGCCACAGUGGACCUUGCCGCUUUUGCUGUAAUUGCUGUGGUCGUAUGAAUUUCUGUGGCCUCUGCUGCGAAUGGAGAUUCUAGGAAUCAUCUACAUUGUUACAGCAAUCAAAAACUAUCUGCAUUUGGUGGUUGUGCAUGCUGAUAUGCUCAGCAAAGUGACCCUUAGGACAAAAAAACGCUUCAGAAAUGUGUCUUUUCUCAAUAAA